AUGAGUUUUUCUAUGUACAUUAUUACGAUUUUAUUUCUUAUUACAAAAGUACUAUUGACAAAACAAUGUUGUGACAGUGUAGUCUGGAAUCAAAAUGGUACAACAAUUGUUGAUAUUCAAUUACUUCACUGGCAAAAAACUAUUACUUUACCACAGAUAGCGAUCGAUAGUCAUCUGAGUCUUUAUAUAGCGGAUGGUAAUCAAGUACGAUUAAUUAAAACAUUCCAACCAUUAACAUUACCAUUCAAGUUUGACGAGCACUCAUAUCCAUCUACUGUUUUUAUUGAUAGACACGAUAAUUUAUAUAUUGCUGAUAGUGGUAGGAAUCCUCGAAUACUGAAAUAUUCACUUACCACGAGUGAGAAUUGGACAGUUAUAGCUGGUGGUAAUGGAAGGGGAAAUCGAACAGAUCAAAUAUCACAGUGUUUUGGAUUAUUUGUUACUGAUAAUGAUUAUCUUUACCUUGCGGACUAUGAUAAUCAUCGCAUAAUGAAGUGGCCGACAUCUGGCAAAGCUAAGAAAGGAGAAAUUGUUCUACAACAAGGUGACCAAUUUUCGCCAGUAGAUCUCUUUGUUGAUAAAAAUAAUAUGCUUUAUGUUGUCGAUCAGAACCAGGACCAAGUACAACUAUUUACUGAAUAUGAUUCAACAGAGGGUACCACCCUAGCAGGUGGUCAAGGACGUGGUUCAAAUUAUGACCAAUUACGUGUACCAAGAUCAUUGUUAGUUGUAAUGAAUGAUAAUUGUACUACAUUGUAUGUUCUUGACACAGGAAAUGAUCGAAUUUUAAAGUGGUCAAGUUUAUCAUGGGGUAAAGGAGCGACAGGAACAGUUGUCGUCGGUGGUAAUGGACGAGGCAAUCAGUCGAACCAAUUUAAUUCACCAGGUGGGAUAGUUAGAGAUCCACAAGGAAAUUUAAUCAUUGCUGAUGGAAAUAAUAAACGAAUACAAAAGUUCUCUCGUCAGCUGUCAGAGACAGAUAAGAGCAAGAUCAAUAUUAAGAUUUUAGUUAGAUCUAUUGUAGGUGGAGUGUGUGGACUUUCGAUUAUAGUUGGUUUUAUUAUCUUCUAUGUCAUCAAAUAUUGUCAUUUUCAAUCGGUUCAUUUAAGCUGGAAUGUUCCUCGUGCUUCUGUUAGUACUAUUUCUACUGCGGAAUCAUCAUCAUUAUCAUCGACAGCAAAUCACACAUAUGCCGAGAUAGGUUCAGAUUGGUUGAACGAUUAA